AUGAUGGACCGCGACGACAAUGAUGAUGUCGAUGAGGCAUCCUUGCUAGCGGCUGCGGCUAGUUGGGCAGCUGCGCCCUCUGGUACUGCUGCUGCUGCUACUACUGACAAACCAGAGAAAAAGGGUGAUGAUGAAGCAAGAGCUGACGAUAAGAGCAGUUUCCAAAAACACCAUCACCACCACAAGAACAGCUACUCCCUCCAUGUGACCCAACUCUCGUACGAAGCUUCCGAUUACGAUGUGCGCAAUUUGUUUUUAGGAAAGGGCUGUUUGGUGACAUCGGUACGACUGGUCUACAAGAAACAACCGGAUCAUCGUCGUGUCUUUUCGGGGGUCGCCUUUGUCGAUGUCGGAGACGACGAAUCGUAUCAACGCGGUCUCAAACUGCAUCGGACGCAUCACAUGGGCAGACGCAUCAAUGUCCGACCCACACUGACCGAAUCCGAAUUGGGAAAAAUUGCACUCGCCACCAAAGAGCGAAUCCAAGAACUCAUUAGUUCCCAACAGGCGAAACAGGAUGAACAACAACAACAAGACAAGGACGAAGGUGAUAAGAAUGAUGACAAGGAUAAGAAGAAGAACGAAAGAGACAAGCAGCCGAAAGAGACACACAAAAAACACAAAAAGCAGAAGAAGGCUGACACCCCAAAGAGCAAGAAAUCAGACAAACAGCAAGAGGAAACGACAAAAGUAGAUACGUCCUCUGACACAAAAGACGUCGACGACGCUAAGAAGCCUUCAUCGGACAGCAAGAGCAAAAAGAAGAAGGAUAAGAAGAAAAAGGUCACUGUAAGGAGGGGUCGCCACACGGGUGAAAAGGAAAAGCUUUCCAAAAAGGAACGAAACCGAAAAGCGGCCAUUCUCAUGCAGAGAAAACGAAGGGGCAAAAGGAAAGAAAAGAAACCAAGAUGCAAUCCUCUCAUCCCGGAGCGACUGAAUGCUUCGAUUCAAUCGACACUUCCUGGUUAG